UGACUUAUCUAGUUAUAUGCAGAUAUCUGUUUGGAAUUAUGUUUUAAUGAGUUAAACAUUGUAGUCAUGGUUAGUAUUUCAUUUUCAGGGGAGAUCCAAAAUGUUGGUAUAGUGUUCCUGGUAGUGAAGUCCUUGCAUUCGAGAAGGUUAUGCGAAAAAGUCUCCCUGAUCUAUUUGAAACACAGCCUGAUUUGUUGUUUCAGCUCGUAACCAUGUUGAACCCACGUGUCUUGCAAGAAAAUGGAGUCCCUGUUUACAGUGUCUUGCAGGAGCCUGGAGACUUCAUCAUUACCUUCCCCAGAUCCUACCAUGCAGGCUUCAACUUUGGUUUAAAUUGUGCGGAGGCUGUCAAUUUUGCACCUGCAGAUUGGCUACCUCAUGGUGGUUUUGGUGCUGAACUUUACCAGCUUUACCGCAAAGCUGCUGUAUUAUCUCAUGAAGAGCUUCUCUGUGUGGUGGCCAAGAGUGAUUUGGAUAGUAAGGUCUCACCAUACUUAAAAAUGGAACUGCUUAGGGUCUAUAAUAAGGAAAAAUCAUGGAGAGAACGGCUUUGGAUGAAUGGCAUAGUUAACACUUCAACAAUGUCACCUCGUAAGCAGCCUCAGUAUGUGAGUACCGAAGAGGAUCCUACAUGCAUUAUAUGCCAACAAUAUUUGUAUCUUUCUGCUGUAGCAUGCAGCUGUAGACCAUCAGUUUUUGUUUGCCUCGAGCAUUGGGAACACCUUUGUGAAUGCAAGCCCAACAAACACCGUAUUCUCUAUCGUCACACUCUUGCAGAACUGAGUGAUUUGGUGCUCAUUGCAAAUAAGUGUAAUUCUGAGUAUGCAUCCACAAGCAUCCAAAACCAGCUCCUCACUUCCACUGAUUCAGCAGCACUUUCAAAGAAGGUCAAAGGUCAUUCUUUCACCCAUGUGCAACUUGCAGACAAAUGGCUUUUGAAGUGUGAUAAGAUUGUACAGGGUUCAUAUUCGCGCGAUGCUUACGCUAAUGCACUGAAAGAGGCUGAACAGUUUCUUUGGGCUGGUCAUGAAAUGGAUCAUGUCAGAGAAAUGGCCAAUAAGCUGGUUGAAUAUCAGAAUUGGGCUCAAAAUGUAAGGGAUUGCAUCUCUAGAUUAGAGGCAUGGUCGUGUAAAGGUGACCAUGAUUCAGGAAAGGUUCAGAUGGAGCUUGUUGACCAUUUGUUAAGUAUAAGUCCUGCCCAUUGUGUUGAUCCCGCAUAUCUCAAAUUGAAGGAUUACCAGACAAAAGGAAGAGUUCUGAUUCAGGAAAUUGGUUCUGUUCUUUCAUUAUGUCCUAAGAUUUCUGUAGCUGAGUUGGAGAAUUUGCAAUCUAAGGUACUUGAUUCGCCUGUCUAUGCAACAGAAAGUGAGAAGUUGAUAUGCAUACUGUCUUCAGUGAAGGCUUGGAAAGAUGCUGCUAUUAAAUGCAUCUCAGAAAAGUCUUCUGCUGCAGUCGAGGCAGACGUUCUCUAUAAAUUGCAGGAGGAGAUUUCGGACCUUCAAGUUGAACUCCCUGAAGUUCAAAUUUUAUUAGAUUUAGUUGCAAAAGUUGAAAUGUGCCGCUCUCAUUGCAAAGAGAUGUUGGAACGUUCUAUUAGCCUAAAGGAACUCGAAUUGAUUAUAAAUGAAUGGAAGGCUUUCACGGUUAACAUUCCGGAGCUUGAACUUCUAAAACAAUAUCAUAAAGAUGCUUUGUCUUGGGUAUCCCGUCUUAAGAACAUCCUAGUAAACAUCAGUGAAAGGGAAGAUCAAGACCGUGUUGUUCAUGAGUUAACUUGUCUUCAGAAAGAUGCAUCUUGUCUGAGAAUUCAGGUUGUGGAGCUGCCCUGUAUUGAAAUUGAACUGAGAAAAGCUAGCUGCCGGGCAAAAGCAUUGGAGGCACUUCAUAGCAGAACAUCCAUGGAUUUUAUAGAGCAGCUGUUGGUGGAUGCUAGCAUGUUGGAGAUUGAGAAGGAGAACAUUUUUCUUGAUAUUUCCAAGGUGCAUGCACUUGCUCUUUCUUGGGAAGAAAGAGCAAAGAACUUACUUGGAACUAAGGCGGAUAUAUCUGAAUUUGAGGAUGCUAUCAGGGCUUCUGAAAGUUUUGUUGUCAUUCUACCAUCUCUUGAUGAUAUUAAUGAUGCCGUUUCCAAGGCCAAGUCUUGGCUACUCAAGUCUAGACCUUUUAUAACGAACCAAUCGCCAGCAGCACUUGCUUCUUCAUGCUUGUUGCAUAAAGUUGAGGAUUUGAAGGAGUUAUCAUCCCAGUCAAAGCAUCUGAAGAUCUCUUUAAAAGAACAACCUAUCAUUCAGAAACUCCUCGAUCAGUGCACAAGUUGGGAACUGGAUGCCUGCUCUUUGUUGAACGAUGCAGAUACCCUAUUGAAUGUUGAUGUCAUGGGUGAUAAUAUUUUAAGCACUCUCACCCCAAAACUUGAACAUCAAAUUUCAUCAAUACAGCGUGCCAUACAAGCCGGUCACUCUCUUGGUUUUGAACUGGAUAUGAUUUCUAAGCUUCGAGGUGUCUGCUCAGCUCUGAAGUGGUGUGUCAAGGUUCUUUCUUUCUCUGCCAGUAGUCCUUCCAUUAAGGAAAUUGAAAAAACUUUGGAAAUUGUUGGCCGUUCUCCUACUAUAUAUGCAUCUUCUAAGUUGUACACUGUGCUGUUGGGUGGGGUAAAUUGGCUUAAGAAAGCCUUGGAAGUUUCAGCUCAAUCCAAUCUCAGGAGAUUCAGUUUGAAGGAUGCUGAGGAUGUGCUUAGACAGUCUCAGAGUGUUCAGAUAUCAUCUCCUGUGAUAGUCUCUCAAAUCAAGAAUGCUAUUGCAAAACAUAAUUUGUGGCUGGAGCAAGUUCAAUUAUUUUUUAGUCUUGACUUGAAGGAUCGGGCAUUAGGCGUGUUACUGCAGCUAAAGGAACUUGGAAGCACGGAUGCAUUUAACUGUUCUGAAAUGGACAUGGUUAUCUCUGAGGUUCAUAAAAUAGAUGAGUGGAAGCAUCGCUGCAUUGAUAUGUUUUGGUCUUCUGGUGAUGCCAACAUGCUACUUAGUGCUCUUUUAGAGAUAAGAAAUGCUCUUGAUACAUCAUUUUUCAUUUUCGACAACUCUAACUCUUUCAAGAGACAAGAUAUGUGUAUAUUCUGCUCCACUGCUACUAAUAGACAGAAGCUUUUGACUUGUUCUUCUUGCAAUGACUGCUUCCACUUGGGAUGUAUUGGACAACCAUCUUUGGAGACAAAAAAUGUUCCAUUUAAUUGCCCCUAUUGCCAAUACACGAGAAGUGGGAAAAUCUCUAAAAAUGUUUGCAACUUGCUGAAAAAAGGACGGAAGCGUUUUGAAUUGAAGAAGCUCAGCAAGCUUUUGUCAGAUGCUGAUCAUCUCUGUUUAUGGAUUGAGGAAAGAUCAUUACUUUGCCAAAUCAUGGACAGAGGUCUUCGACUUAGCGUGUGCUUAAGAGAAAUCUCAAAUUCUGCAUCAGCUUGCCCUGAGGAGGAGGCGAAUCUAAGUAUUGUUUCUGAAAAACUUACAGUUGCAUUAAAGGCAGUAUAUGUGGCCGGUAUUGAUGAUUCUGAAACCAACUGCAAACUGGAGUUGGCAUUAGCAAAAAAUUCAUGGAGAGUUGGAGCUCUGAAGCUAAUGGAUGGUCCUCAAAAGCCCACUGCUCAACACAUCCGGCAACACUUAAAGAAGGGAAUAUCUAUAGGUGUUUCUUCCAAAGAUUACUUAAGGCAGAGACUGACAGAAGCACAUGAUAUUGGAAUGGAUUGGGCCGACACUGCAAAGAAGGUUGCUGCAGAUGGCGGUGCGCUUGGAUUGGAUAAGGUCUUCAACCUGAUCUCCAAGGGCGAGAAUCUGGCCGUGAAUUGUGAGAAUGAACUCAAAUUACUGAGGGAUAGGUGUUUGCUCUACUGCAUCUGUCGGAGACCAUAUGAUGAGAGGGCAAUGAUUGCUUGCGACAAAUGUGACGAAUGGUAUCACUUUGAUUGCAUUCAGUUGUCUUCUCUCCCAAAGAUCUACAUAUGCCCAGCCUGUGGUGUCGAAUCCGAAGAUGCUUCUGCUGCUCAUGCAUCCAUACCAUCCAUCGAAGACGGGUGUGGUGUUGGAAAACCAAAGGAGCCCCAAACGCCAUCCCCUCGGCCCACAGAAGCGAGAAGGAAGGUUGGAAAAUCCAACGCCACCGACGUGGUGGAAGUGGGCCCACCGCGGCCGAGGGAGUGGGAAAAUAACAAUAGUAACAAUAAUAAAAACGUUCUUCUCGGAUUGUUGUGGAGAAACCGCAAGCCAUGUAAACGUGCAGUUCGGAAACGAACAUGCCUCGAUAACCUCAUCAUCUCAUCCCCUUUCUUCUGUACAGAGUGAUCUUUUUUUUUUUUUUUUCAUUUCUUUUUCUGCUCUUUCUUUGAGUCUCCAUUUUAGGUUAGUUUGCCAGGUUUUAUUCGUUUGAACAUUGCUCCUCCUUCCCAUUAAACUAGAAAAUUAUAU